AUGGCAUCCAUCGUACCCUCCAUGCGGGCGAGGGCUCCCCAAUUUGCCCACUAUGUUGCCAGAUCAUCUUCCAGACCGUUCUCGACAUCGCUUCGCUCCGUGCGACAGGGACCAGGAACCGGUGAAAACUUCGAGCAAGCCAACGAUCCUUCCGGACGAAAGCUGACUCCGAAUGUCUCUAAGACGGAUGAGAUACCGACUGACGCGAUGGGUAAUCGAGACGCCCCUCUACAAGAGCUGGUUUCGGUGGGAGAACAUCAGAGACGAAUGCAAGCCCCGAAUAGAGAAAAGCCUUGGUCGGGAAAUCAAAUGCCCAGAGAGCUUGCGAUGACAGGCCCACGAUUUGAGCAGACAAUUAUUGAAACUCAGCCGCGGCCUUUUGCUGCGAUUGAACUUAUCCACAAACAACCCAUACGAUGGGUAGAUUCGAAGAGCGUGGCAUGCGACGGCGGCGGUGGGCCGCUGGGUCAUCCCAAGAUCUUCAUCAAUGUGGACAAACCCCAGAUUUGUUGGUGCACAUAUUGUGGAUUACCAUACGCCAAGAAGGAGCAUAAAAAGUAUCUCGAAUCGCUGCCAUCAACAUCAUAUCCUCUCGCACCAACGGGUGAUCCAGCUCAGGUCGAAAUGCCAGCGACACCCAGCCAAAAAGGAGAGAUCCAGGGUCAUUAUCCAAUCUUGAAGGGUGAGCAUGAAGCUGAAAGUGUGGACCAUCAGCCGCUCCAGCAACGAUGA